AUGGUGGCCAUGAAGACCUUCUCUCUGCUGCUGGUGUCCCUGCUCCUGGCAUUGGUGCUAGGAGAGAAGGAAGAAGGUCACUCCAGGCUGGGGUUCCACACUAAGGCCAGCGGCUCCCAACCACGAGGCCCCAGGUACGCCGAGGGCACUUUCAUCAGUGACUAUAGUAUCGCCAUGGACAAGAUCCGCCAACAAGAUUUUGUAAACUGGCUGCUGGCGCAGAAGGGGAAGAAGAGCGACUGGAAACACAACAUCACCCAGAGGGAGGCCCGGGCCCAUCAAUCUAACAGGAAGGAGGAGGCAAGGGAGCAGCAGGGCUCCCUACCCAAGAACCCCAGUGAUGACGAUUUGCUAAAGGAUUUACUGAUUCGAGAGCUGCUGUCCUGGAUAGUGGAUCAGAUGGAGCUCUGCAGGCUCAGGUGGGAGUUUGGUAGCUUUGGGCAUCUUGCAUAG